CGUAUGUGUGGAUUCUGUGGAAAAUCUGUGUUUUAAAGUGAAGUAAGCAAAACCCAGGUAGAAGAUAACCUUAGAUACCCAGGGUUUCCAUUUCUAUCUCUUAUCUUUUUCUUUUUCUCUAUCUCUCUUAAUACUACUCCACAGUCUAUUCUUGGUGCUGAACAACAAGGGAAGAGAGAGAGAGAGAGAGAGAGAUAGCCCAGAAAAAGAGAGAGAGAGAAUGGGGAGAGGAAGAGUGGAGCUGAAGAGGAUAGAGAACAAAAUUAACAGGCAGGUGACAUUUGCUAAGAGAAGGAAUGGUCUUCUCAAGAAAGCUUAUGAGCUCUCUGUUCUCUGUGACGCUGAGGUUGCUCUCAUCGUUUUCUCUAGCCGUGGCAAACUCUAUGAGUUCUGCAGCGGCCCUAGCAUGGCGAAAACACUUGAGAAGUACCAAAAGUGCAGCUAUGGUGCAUUGGAAGCCAGCCAACCUGUCUAUGAACUCACUCAGCAGAGCAGCUAUCAGGAGUAUUUGAAGCUAAAGACAAGAGUGGAGGUCCUACAGCGAUCUCAGAGACACCUUCUUGGGGAAGACUUGGACCCGUUAAACACAAAGGAGCUUGAGCAGCUUGAGCAUCAACUCGAGAUGUCCCUGAAGCAAAUUAGGUCCACAAAGUUUGCAGUAUUCGGGGAUAUUCUGACCGUUGUGUAUGGUUUUCAGACUCAAAAUAUGCUUGAUCAACUAGCAGAUCUUCAAAAUAAGGAACAUAUGCUAAUUGAAGCUAACAAUGCCCUGAGAAGGAAGCUGGAAGAAUCUAAUGGAAAACAUCCCCUUCAACAGUCAUGGGAAGUGGCAGGAAACAGUGCUCUCUACAGCCGCCUUCCUGCUCAAUCAGAGGGGUUUUUCCAGCCUCUGGAACGCAAUUCCACAUUGGAAAUGGGAUACAAUGCUGCAGGAUCCAAUGAGAUAACUCUUGCGGCCCCAUCCCAAAAUGACAAUGGAUUUGGCCCCGGAUGGAUGCUUUGGAUAUAAUCCAGUGGGAGAUUGAUGGGAUUUUCUCACGAAAUGCCUUUCAGCUUCUUUUUAAUUUUUCGGAUAUCGAUAUAUCUGUCUACUGCAACUUGUAAUUAUCAUCCAAGACAAUAAGUAUCUAUCAGUUGUAAUGGCAUAAAGGACAACACGCAGUUGCUUUCCAAACCUUGUAGCCAUGACACCCCCUGUGGCAUGAGACUGUUUGAAUUGUAAGCUUGUGGAUUUUGUGAGUAUCUUAGGCUUCUUUUGGUUGGCAUUUGAAAGGGAAAUUUUACUUCAUCUUUUGCUCUCCCUGGCAAAAAAGUGUGUAUCCUUUUCCCCGGGAUUGUAGACCCAGAAUCUGUGAAAUGGACUCAACAACUAAAAUGACGCCCUGCCUAAUAACUUUGUGUCACUUUGUGUAUGAUGUGUUCAUUUAUCUUGA